CUUCCCCGACUGCCACUCACACGUACGACUUUAACACAAUCUAGAGACAAUCUUCAAAGAGCGCUCGUGUAGCACAGUCACACUAAUGUGUCGUGCAAAUGGCAGCUCGUUUUCCAAAGAUCUAUACAGUCAGUGGAUGCAACUCCACACUAAUACACUGAAACAGGACGAAUUGUCUUGCAACUCUGCGGGUUGUAAGACCCGAGCCGGCCUUUCGGGAGAGAUAUGAAUUCGAAGUAGCGGCAAUUUCGAGGUGAAGCCUCGACCGAACGACCCGUUCCCUGAUCCUGUACCUCAUCCUCCCCCGAUGCGCGAAUCCCUUCAGUAGCAAGGACGGGCUGUUCAGCUUCGCGUGCCACUCUGCCCUUACGAUAAGGAGGCACGAUUUUCAAGAGCAGUCAUUGUGGUGUUCUGAGUCAAUGGACCAGAACCGAGCAGCAAGCUCAGUUAGCAAGGGUAACACGGCCUUUAGCCAGCUCCAGAGGGACAAUUCCUGGUAGUCAACAGAGGUAGUUGGCGACGGCACGUUUCUGGCCUCAAUGCUAUCAUGGCUAACACGAUACCAAAUGAACGACAUACUAGCGUAGAGCUGGCUGGAUGGGCUUUGGCAAGGACAAUCAGAGUUCCGGAGCGAGGAUACAUUGGCACGAUCUGCGCUAUUGCACCACUUCAACUUGCAGCUCAGUGGUACAAGCAACGCCAAACUUGGGGCAAGCUGGAGUGGUGUCGAGCGGCCGGAGCUGCAAUAUAUACAGAGCAAAGGCAUAGCAGAGUUUGACGUGAGUUGAAACUUGGAAGCAUUACAAAGCAGAUACGAC